UUGUGGCGAACUUAAGGGCAAAUACGACAUUUCAAUGCGUCAAACCUCUGGUUCUCUCCGAAGUAGAACCCUCCGGAUUGCGACGUACAGUGCGGCGUCGUCCUUCUCGGACUAGCGCUUAGCCUAAUUAAUCUCUCUCGUCUUGCAGAGGCCAGAGUGCAUAGAAAGAGACGACAAGAGAUUCAGACUUCUUAUAUUUGAAGAUUCCAAAUUCCGCUGAUUCGGAUUUUUUUUUUCUUUUCCCGCAAAUUCGUUCUCGUUAGCAAAUUUCUUAAUUGACGUUUUCCCUGAAUCAUACGCAUCGGAUUGGAGUUCUGAUUCCCUGUAAAACCAACCCUACUGCUAUGGCUGGAACCUUGACCCCCGAGAAGAGUCCCCUACUAUCGCCGACGAGCUCGAGGUCGGUGACGGAGACGGUGAAUGGGUCGCAUAAGUUUGUGAUUCAAGGGUAUUCGUUAGCGAAGGGGAUGGGAGUUGGGAAGUACAUUGGAAGCGAUUUGUUCACAGUGGGAGGGCAUCAAUGGGCAAUUUACUUCUACCCCGAUGGCAAGAAUCCUGAGGACAAUUCAGCCUAUGUUUCUGUUUUUAUCGCCUUGGCAAGCGACGGUACGGAUGUGAGGGCUCUGUUUGAGCUCACGCUUUUGGAUCAGAGCGGGCAAGGAAAGCAUAAGGUUCAUAGCCAUUUCGAUCGGUCGCUCGAGAGCGGUCCAUAUACACUCAAGUAUAAGGGCAGCAUGUGGGGAUACAAGCGGUUUUUUAGACGUACUUUGCUUGAAAGCUCUGAUUAUCUGAAAGAUGAUUGCCUGAAAUUCAACUGUACCGUUGGAGUUGUAGUUUCAGCUGUAGAUUGUCCUCGACUUCACUCAGUUAAGGUUCCAGAAUCUGACAUUGGAGCACACUUUGGCAUGCUAUUGGAAAGUAUGGAGGGUUCCGAUAUUACUUUUAAUGUGGAUGGGGAAAAGUUUUCUGCUCAUAAGUUGGUGCUGGCUGCUAGAUCCCCAAAAUUUCGAUCUAAAUUAUUUGGAGGUUUAGAUGAGCAUAAAGAGGAAAUUAUUGUGUCAGAUUUAGAACCUAAGGUUUUUAAGGCCAUGCUGCACUUUAUCUAUCGAGAUACCCUUACAGAUGAGGUGGACAUGGUUCCAUCAACCUCAUCUAGUGAAUCCUCUGUGUCCGAGACAUUGUCAGGAAAGCUGUUAGCUGCAGCAGACAAGUAUGGCUUGGAGAGGCUUAAACUGAUGUGUGAAUCUCGUAUCUGCGAAGACAUCUGUGUAAAUUCUGUUGCUGACAUAUUGACCUGGGCUGACCAAUGCAGUGCAAGAGAGUUAAAAGCUGUCUGCUUAAAAUUUGCUGCGCAGAAUCUGGCAGCUGUGAUGAGGUCAGAUGGAUUUCAGUCCAUGAAAGAUAAAUGCCCACGGCUACAGUCGGAGAUGUUGAUGACAAUUGCAGGCUGUGAGAGUGAUUACUGCAGUGCUGGGGGAAAAUCUCGGAGUGUGUGGGCCCAACUAUCAGAUGGCGGUGAUUCAGAUGGUAGGAGGGUCAGGCAGAGAACCUGAUAUCUCAUGUCUGGAACUACUCUGAUUAUUAUGUGAAUGUGGGUGGUAAAAACGAAAAUCUGAAAAAAAUGGUGAUGGAGAGGGAAGACCCUCUUCUGAUUAACUUUGCCAUAUUCUGAUAGAAUCCGUUCAUUUAAACAAGCAGUUAAAGUAGUUGAUAUGCAGUUUUUUUAUAGUGCAUCUUUGGGUGGUGAAAAGAUGUCAUUAGGCUCUCUAGGAUGAUAGGCUAUUGUGUUGUGUACAAAAACUGUUAAUCUGCAGCGAUGAUUAUUUGUAAUAUCCUGAAAUGAAAUGCUAAGUGUUAUUGGCAUGAUAUUUCAAGUCAUGCUCAUGCUCAUGGAAGGCCAAUGUGGAAUUGUAUGCUCUACUAUGCAUGAGGCAUGCAGUGUGCCUCCUGUGGACAUCAUGUACCUGUCUUGUUCAUCCAAUGGCUCAGGAGGACACAUCUUCAAAUUUGUUGCAAGUUGAAGAUUCUACCUCAGUUGUAGUGUUGAUCAACCUAAAAGGAAAGGAAAAAGUGGCUGAUCUUCGAUGCAUUUAGAGAAAGAUGAAGGUGUGAAUGGAUUUGGAUUUUGGAUCCCCUCAAUUUUUUAACUGUUCAAUUGAGCUAGAGAUAUUAUCAUUGACAGGUGAGCAGGAUCUUUUGCUCGAUCUCAUCUUAAUGGAGCGAUUCAGUAAUCAAGGGAAUGCAAACUCAGAUAUGUACUGCAUCUAAUUGUCAAGAUGGAUCAACGACAGUACAUUUGGGGCUUUCAAUUCAUAGGAGACUAUCAAGAUGAAAAUCGGAGCAUUUAGGACAUUGGAGCCUUAUGUUUGAUUGAGCCAUGGGAGCUUCACGAAGUGCUUUGAUUUUAAGUGAGUUGUUUUAGACAAGAAUGACCAUGGAUUAUGGUGAUUCGGGUAAGAGAGCAUUAGGAGCUGAUUCUUAUUUCAUAUGCUAGUUUUGUGAAAUACAUGAUUUGGCAUAUAGGUUGUUAUCGGAGAGCUGAAAUGUGCUGCGUAGUGGAAUUAAAACAUUGGACCUCCUUUUCGCUGAAACCCAUUUUCUUUGCUUCUCCUUUCUAGAAAUAGAGAUUGGGUGGAGUCUUUUUUCAUGGCUGUAUAGAAUUUGUCAUGCUAUUCCCCCCCCCCCUCCCUGAAUAAACAAGAUCUGGGAGAACCCUGAAUUACAUUAAAACAGAGGUGCCAAAAUUAGCGUCCAGAUUGGGAAUGAUAUCUGGGAAAGGUGAGUCAAAAAUAGCAUAGUUUGGACAAUGGGAAUUCAGAGCAAGCUUUGCCAGCUUAUCAGCCAGUUGAAUAGCAUCUCUCAAAACAGGAUUAUAUGGAGCUGCCCAAUCUUCAUCAAGAAGCUUCCUAGCUCGUUGUAUAACAUCAAUGAAAGCAUGGGAAGGCUUGUUUUCCUAUAGUACCAGUAGAAGAAUCUCAGCACGAUUAUAAAAUGCAGCAGCCAUUUGGCAGGCAUUAAACUUGCACCAUUCAAGGCCUUUAAAAUAAGGCUUGGAUUUCCGCUAUGAUAGGUGGGAGAGAUCCCAAAUUUGAAGACAAGUCACUCUCUUUUACAGUUCCGUAGGUUGAGAUAGAACUGCAAUUGCCAUGCAGAUUGGAUUUACAAGUGGUAUGAGAAAUAUCCUCGCGGACAGCUUGUAGACGUCUGACAGUCAAGUUAUCAUGAUUAUGUGGUUCAGCAGAGAAGAAAGAGCUGCACUGUAGUCUUAAAAUCCAGCAAACAUGGCCAAAAAAUUUUAUCCAAGGAAAAUUUGCCCCUUUUGGCAGCCAACAUUCCUUUUAAGGUUCCCCUCAAGCUCCUUAGAUGGGCUAGUUGAAGAAUCUGUCCAGUGUUGUGAGUGAACAAGACAAUGACAAUAAUAACAAGCUUUAUCUUAUUAAGUGGAGUCAAUUAUGUGAAUUGUAUGAUAUCAUUGUGCUCUAUCUUCAAUUAAACUCUUAAAAAUAUUAUUAAUUAAGAGGCUGUUCAAGAACUUUUAUUAGUAUUUUAUUUGAUCUUCCUUUAUCAUUCA